AUGUUGGCUGGCCAGGGAAACGCAGAAAGUGGAUUGAUAUUGAAUGAACAGCAGAAAGAAAUUGAAGGGUGCACCAUACCUGUGUUUCUUGUUGGUGAUUCUGCUUAUCCCCUGAAGAAUUGGCUCCUUAAACCGUUUCCACAUAAUGACCACCUGACUGACGAAAAGAAGAACUUUAACUAUCGAAUUUCAAAAGCUAGAAUAGUUGUGGAGAAUGCGUUUGGUCGCCUGAAAGCUCGAUGGAGGCGUUUAAUGAAAAAGAACGACAUGCAAAUUAGGCAUGUCCAGCAUGUUAUAGCUGCCUGCUGUGUCCUCCAUAAUGUGUGUGAAAUACAUGGGGAUUCAUUUGAUGAUGACUGGAUGGAAGAGACUGAUUUGCAACUUCAACAUGCUGAAACGCACACUGUCAGAGAUACUGUCAAUGAUCGUACAGCAGCAAUUCGAGAAACUCUAGUUUCACACUUGGCAAAUAGUUAA